ACAAGAGGAAGAAGUGGAUAUGUGCUGCAGUGCUUUCAGUUGUACAAGUGCCCAAAGUUUAACAUGUAGUUUCGGUCACAUGAUGCCAAGCCCUGAACAGACACCGUGCAAGGUGCCACCUCUUCUCAAGGAACACUCACUCCGGAGUGUUUUUUAAAGCUUUUUGAGCUGAAAGCAAAAGGAGAAGACAGAAGGUGUAAACAAUGCUGAAAUUUAAGCCAACAUUUGAGCUGCAGAGAGAUGUGGUGUCUGACAUCUUCAGGAAGGAGGCAUCGGUGUGCAGGGUGAAAGAAUACUCUGCAGCAGUGGACACUUGUAUCCUAAACAUUGAGAGAGAUGGGGGCAUCCUUUACUCAUGGAAGGGAGCAACAGGGACCACCAGGAUUGGGAAAUAUGACUCCAACACCAAACAGAACAAGCUCCUGUACACAUUUGACAAGCAGGUGUGUGUCAGCAGCUGUUCACUGAACAGUGAGGAGACGCUGUUAGCUGUCAGCUUGGCACAAAACACCAGAGGAGAGGAGCGCCUCAAACCAAGUAACACCUCUUUCUCUCCGUGUCAGUCACAGACCAUGACAUCGACCCCCUCAUGUUGCCUUUUUAAUCUUUCUUCUCACAAUCCUUCUGCCUUAGUAUCCAAGUGUCUGACUCUCCUGAUUGAAAUCUAUCCCAUCAACAACACUAAAGUCCUGAAGGCAGUAGACUGCAGGGUCAAAGUGCAGUUCCUCAAUUCAGAGACUGACAGGAGAUCAGUGCUGGAGAGCCACCUGCUGCUGCUGACUGAGGACGGAUAUGUGGAUCUCUAUCACGUUCUGCUGACAAAACAGGAGGGGUAUAGAGUGGUGAUGGCGAAUCCCGAGCGUUUGUCCAGAACGACAGAGAGAAUAGUUGAGGACUUCUGCUGGGCCCAGUGGGACGGACACGCACAAAGAGUCUACUAUGUCACCCAUGAUUUGACUCACACACAGGACAAGUUCCUGAUGCGAUGUGUUCAGUUUCACCCCAACCAUAACUGUGAAACUGUGUUGGAACUCCCAUUAGAGUUGCCUGCUAAUAUCUUCCGCACAGUCAAGUUUGUAAAUUUGGGUUUUGACCAUUAUCACGUGGAGAAACCAGAGCAGGAGCCCGUUAGGAUGAAAGUGUUGACAAACAGAUUAGAAAGAAGCAUGUGUGUGUGCUACAGCCAACCUCUUAAAGACAAACAGGAACUGAUCUACACUGUGGUUUUAGUCCACAAAGACUGCAGCAAGACGUUCAGAGUAUCUCUGGGCGGCGACCAGUCGCCACAGAAAGCCACACAGCUCCAUCCGCUCUUCAUCCCGAUAGGUUACCACAUCCUGGUGUAUCUGCAGGGCUAUUUCCUCCAUUGUAUCAACACCAGGCAGCAGGAGAUGCUCUGUCACUCCCUUUUCCUCUCAGGUCGUGACGUGGACUUGGGCCUGCAGGGUCAGUCAGCUAACGUCACGGUGUUGCAUGCAGAGGAAGAGUCCAGCGGCAGUCUGCUGGACCUGGCCAGCGGGAGGAUCUACACUGCUGAGCUAAGCCCUGCCUUCCUGCUGCAGAUACUGCGGUCAGACACUCCCUCUAGGUGUCCCAGCAGUAAGGCUGACCCUCAGCGCCUGGCCGCCCUCCACUGCCUGCUGGUUUACAUGGGAAAUGACCCAAACCUGGAGCUGAAGAUCAUCGAAUGGCUGUAUGACAACAUGAACGCCUUCGAAUCCUUUGAUCAGAUCCAAGAGUUCAUUCUAGCCUCUUUGUACAGAAUAAGCUAUGAGAAGUCCCUCAGCCUGGACAAAGUCCUGCCUUACUCCUCUGUACUCGACAAGAAGGAGAUACUAGCGUGUCUGUUGGAGAUCCCUGGUGUGUUGUGCACCACUGAGCUGCAUAUUGAACCUGUGUUCAAAGGCAAGGCCAGAAGUCUCCAGGGUUUCUGGUUAGAGCUGCAGUGGAACACAGAGAGGACAAAAUAUCUGGAUGCUGUUCCCAACCCCAGAUACAGAACCUCACACAUACAAGCUGACUGGGAGAAACUGAAGUCCGAGAGGAGACCAUCCAGCCACAGGAAUAACAUGGAGGAGAACACUAAGAAAGUUCUAUCAAUGGUGGACACCUGGUUUCUUGAUAAGAAGCUGGUGCCACUUUUCCAGGAGGAGGACCAUCAACAGAGGGCGCUCAUAGGCCUGACGGUUGACAAGCUCCGAGAGCAUCUCAACAGACACCUGCCUCGUAUGGGGAAGAAGAAGAUUGACUCGCUGGUUGUCAACUAUGUCGCCAAACUGCUGGAGCUCAUCAGACAUAUGCUGGAGUCAGUCUGGCUGAAGUACAAACUCGGCCCUCAUGUUUUGUGCCUCACUCAGCGGGGCAGUCCAGCCGAGUGGUCGGUGUUUCACUUCAUGUUUCGGAUCCUGGAAGCCACGAGGGGUCUCUGCCUGCCCCUUCCUCCAGGCUAUCACACCCUGUUAGCGGUGUUUGCUGUGCGUUGCCUCCCUCAUCACACCUUCCUACAGUACAUUGAUCACGGCUUCCUGCAGCUCACUGAGACCUUUGUGUCUCGGCUCAUGACAGAUUUGGACAACAGUGAUGCCAACGAGAGACUGAAGUUCAGCAUACUCAAGAGACUCCCUGAGCCUAUGGAGCAGAGGAUCUACCAUAUGUGGGACCAUCCUGUCAGCUCAGCUUCGAUCUCCAGAGAUUAUGCCAGGACGCUGCUCGAGAAACACAACAACAAGGGAUGUGCGUUCACCAGCAGAGACAAGCCAGGCUUCAGACCUGAGUUUCUGCCCCUUACCUACUUGGCAAAAAUACUCUCCGAUAUCGAGGCGCAAGCUCUGAACCCUUUCGAGGAGCAGGAGAACGUGGACGCCAAGUUCGUGGAGGAGACGGCUCUGAAGCAGACACUAAUACUGCUGGGCUUUGAAGAAAAUUGAAGCAUGAGAGGGUCCGGGGAUGGGUGGAUGGAUUGAGGGAGAAACACAUGGGGGGGGGGGAAUGUGUUCCAGGGAACAGUCAUCAUUGUCUGGGCCUCGAGGAUAAAUAACGGGUGGAGGGCGGGAAGCGAAAGAUGAAUGGAGAGAUCGAAAAGGCUGAGCGCUCAUAAACAAGCUCUCAGUGCUUGAUGAAAGAUUAGGACGGGACGGAGGGGUAGAUGGAUGGAGACGCCCCAGAGAAGGAAAGAUGGGGAGGGGAGAAUAUGAGGCAGAUUGGAAGAAAUAGUCACCAUGUUUUUCCCCCCACAAACAUUGAGGUGUGCAAAGGGACAAUAUGUAACAGUACCAAACAUUAUAACACAAUAGGAUCUUCAGUUAGUGGUUUAAUAUGUAUUGGAAAUCAAUGACUGCAGGCAGCUAUUUACAUGAACUGUAGCAGCAACAAUUCUCUCCACAACUUCCCCAUUUUCUCUCAAACAAUUUAUGAACACCGAUGUCAACUUCUGCAAACGGUAUUUAUAAAUCAAACACUUGUUUUAUCCUCCUGCGCUCUCCGUAAUGCCGCUGCACCCCAUCAACUUGAUUACGUGCUGACAAAAGCUUUAUGGACGGAGUAGCUUGAUAUGGCCAGUCAGUGGCUGCUGUACACUCAAUAUGACAUUAACUCUGAGUUGUGCGCAAUCUUUGCUGCUGAAAAAGGGGGGCUUAGUAUAACUUAGCGAGGCGACCCGGCGGAUUUAAAAUGACAGCCCCAAGCAGGUAUUUAGGUGUUGUAAACUGAAUGUAGGAAUUAGCAUGCUCUUCAUAGGAAAUACACGGUGACUUUACACCAAAGCCGUGGAUUUUGAGACAACUGAAUCAGGAGCAUGUCCGAAAUAUGUAGAGAAUUCACUGAUACUGGCUUUCGUAUGGACAAUAAGGACCGGGCAUCAUUUAAAAUGUUUUCAUACUGGCGAUGGUAAGAUACCUAUGUUUCUGAUUUCUUUAUUUUUGUGAAAUAUAGAUAUGUUUUUCGAUAAAACCCUCAGCAAAAUUCUUCGAAUGUUAAACAUUGUCACUAAAAGAGUCUAUAGUUGUCUAAAUGUUGACUUAAAGUCAGACGAAAAUAACACAUUCUUAAUACAAAUGAAAAGUUGAAUUCUGCUGACAUGGUCUUGUGUGAGCUUUAGCUUAUGAAGGACGAUUAGUUUUCGAUACUCUGCUACAUUUGGUACUAAAAAAGUAUAGUUACCCAGCAGACAUCAAUAACUUUAUAGUAACUUUAUUUAUAGAGCCCAUUGUAUAAUCAGCCUACAAAAUGCCUUUCAAGUAGAACAAGACAGUACAUGCAUUAAGAAUUAAGAAGUUUGUCCACACACACUCUCAAACAUCUGGUUUUAAUAAGGUGCCUGUGUCGUCAUGAUUGAGCUCUUACAGUAAAUGGUGAAAUCCUUCCGUAGUGGUGGUGGUGGUGCGUGUGUGUGGCAUGUGUUCAUAAUCCUUUUUAUAGUGUCUGAAUGUUGGCAUCUGAGACUAAAUGCCAGAGAUUAUUUACAUGUUGUGCUUUCAUUUGAGGAAUUACAUUCCCUUGGAAAAAAAAAGACUUCAGAAUCACCGUGUCUUAUGUUUACACAAAAGAAGUUUGUAAAAUGGAUUGUAAAUAAAGAGGUUUUUUUUUCAAAUUGGAGUGUAUUUGUCUUGAAUUACUGUGAUACUUUUAAAGAAAAUGGUGUACAGGUAAGCUUUGUGGCCACAGUUAGGCCUUGGCUUUCUUUGCUAGCACUGAGUUUCCUUUGAACCCUGGCAAACCGAGUUCCAGUGACAUUGUUGCGUUUGGGAUUAAUUAAGAAAUGAUCUCAACUCGCAGGCUUGAGAGGCUCUGCGCGGUAGGCAAUAAACUCUUGGAUUCUCAAGAAUAUGGAAGUGUUUUAGACAGACGCAGGAAAUAAUCUCAGUCUUCAUACAUGCUGCGUCACGUUCAGGGAAGAACACACCCAUCACGCAUUUAUACAGGCUUGUUUUGCAAUACCAUUAGUGCCAAACUACACAGUCUUUUCUUGUUUACCACCCAUCUCAAAUCAUCUCUUCUGGGGAACUUCCUCUUUUAAAUGUUUUAAAUCCCUUAUUUCCCCUCUUUAUUGCCUCCUCCAGACUCUGUUAUGCAGUCGGUGUUAUGUAGCCGGCUAAUAAGCACAAACAGUUAGAGGCUACCUUAAUCUGACAGCUCUCAGCCUGCAGUGGAUGAUCACGCACACACUCACACAGACACACAUCAUUAUGAUUUAUAUUCGUCCACAUUGGUUGGGCGACACACAGUAAUGGCCUUCACAUGAACUUGGUUCACAAACACAAAGUGUGCUUACAAGCUGCUUAAUGCGCACAUCGACACCAAGACGACUCUCCCCUCAAGCCAAGAUCAGCAGAUAGAACGACUUCCAGUACAUUUGUAGAACUUUCAAAAGGCAAAUGACUUUGUUUUUGGUCACCAGUAACCAUCUCUGAACUCCUCACCCCAUUUAGAGCUCCACUUUUAUCCAGUUUCUUUUUUCCACCGAUU